GCGACGGGCUUUACACUGUACACUACUACGCUUCAUCUCCUUCUCUCUCUCUCUCCCCGAAGUAGGAAAAUUUCACGGCGAGACAAUUUGGAAUCUUAUCUCUUGACAUAUCUCCGUCGAUUCUUUUUUUCAAAGGAAGAUGAGUGAGAGUGCGAAGAGGGUCCGAUCAAACAUUAACGGAGUACAUCACCCUGUUGUUGAUUUCUGGCGACGAGAGGUCGGUGGUAUCUCUUCCCGUAAUUUCUCCAAUCGCUUCUCCGCCUCCGAGAAUUUGGUUUUGCGUCUUGAGAUAUACAAGAAGCUAGAGAAGCACAAAGGGUGUGUGAACACCGUUAGCUUCAAUGGUGAAGGAGAUGUUCUGAUUUCGGGUUCUGAUGAUUGGCGUGUCGUUCUUUGGGAUUGGCAACUUGGGAACGUUAAGCUUUCCUUUCAUUCAGGACACGCUAAUAACGUAUUUCAAGCAAAGUUUAUGCCUUUCUCUGAUGAUCGAACCAUUGUUACUUGUGCUGCUGAUGGAAUGGUUCGGCGUGCUAACAUUCUUGAGGGUGGCAAAGUGAAGACGUCUUUCUUAGGUUUGCAUCAAGGAAGAGCUCAUAAGCUAUGUAUUGAGCCAGGAAACCCUCAUGUAUUCUACACAUGUGGUGAAGAUGGAUUAGUACAACGUUUUGAUCUGAGGACUGAAGCCCCUACAGAACUUUUCACUUGCCAGUCAGUUGAUCCUAAGAGGAGGAACAUGGAAGCCAUCCAUCUAAACGCAAUUGCGAUUGACCCGAGAAAUUCUAACCUCCUUGUUGUUGGGGGAAUGAACGAGUACGCUCGUCUUUAUGAUAUCCGUAGAAUUCAGGGUGGCGGUUUAAACGGUUCAACCCCUGCUGCUGAUCACUUUUGCCCUCCACAUCUUAUUGGCAAUGAUGAUGUUGGAAUAACGGGUUUGGCUUUCUCAGAGCAAAGCGAGCUUCUUGUUUCAUACAAUGACGAAUUCAUAUAUCUUUUCACACCCGAUAUGGGAUUAGGGUCUAACCCUAUCCCAGCCUCCUCCAAGAGUAGUGUAUCAAAAUCAGAAUCAGCGUCUUCCUCGAAAGAUGAGAACGAACACUCAGUUCCUAUGGUUUAUAAGGGUCACAAGAACUCUGAGACGGUUAAGGGUGUGACUUUUUUUGGACCUCGGUCUGAAUAUGUGGUUAGUGGGUCAGACUGUGGGCGGAUAUUUACUUGGAGGAAAAAAACUGGGGAGCUAAUCCGUGUUAUGGAAGGAGAUAGGGAUGUAGUUAACUGUAUUGAGCCUCAUCCGCAUAUUCCUGUGCUUGCCAGUAGUGGAAUUGAAAGUGACAUCAAGGUGUGGACGUCAAAGGCAGCUGAAAGAGCUAUAUUACCUGAAAACAUCGAACUGCCCAAGCGAACGCCUAGGAGAUGGAUGUACCGUGUAUCUACACGGCGGGAACUGUUGUCUCAACUCUUCGCGAUGCAAAGCCGAAGAAGCAGUAGUAGUCCAGAGAGAGAAGGAGAACCAUCCCGUGGAAGAGCACUUCUUGAUCUUAUCCGCACCUUCAAUUAUGAGAGCAGCGAUGAGAAUGCAACUGAUGAUGACGAUGGUAAUAGCCAUGAGGACUUCUUCUCUUAAAAACUACUUUGGAAAUGAAAUUUGUAAAUAUAUGUUUCAGUCCCUUUAGAAACCAAACAAAUGCACUCUUUUUUGUUUUUUUGUUCUUCAUCGUUAAAUAAAGUUGCAACGUCAUAAAAAAUUAGC